GUGCGGUUGGUCUAAUCGGUACUAUUUUAUGUUACAGAGUAAUUUGGUUGAUUCUAAACUAAGAUUUCACGAUUAAUCUCGGAUGAUCUGGUGUCGUAAAUAUAACUCGAAGUUUUUGUUGUGCUUUUCUUAUAAGAAACAUGUACACUGUAUCCAAAGGACCUAGCAAGAUUGUUGCUAAAACACGAAGAGGGAUUAGUCAAAACCUUGAGAGGCUGGAAACCUUGCGUGAUUUAACAAGGAAAGCGGACCCUGAUGAUGACCACGAGACCACCCGCCAUGUACCAAAACCAGUCUUUCACAUGAAUGGGAAAUCUAAAUUCAGUUCACAGAGGCAUCAAAUGCAAGAAGUUAUCACACCUCAACAUGAGGAAAUUAUUAAAUUUGUUUAUGAAUCAUGGAACCAAGUUAAUACACGACAUAGAAGUGAAUCUUCUGAUGGUUCAGAUUGUUCAGAAUCUUCCAGUCCUAACUCAAUAGUAUAUUAUAAUGAUGGUGAACCAAACGAUACUCUCUUAGAUUUUAAACCAUUUGAUUUGGAAUCAUGGUGGGGUAAACGAUUAUUCAAUAAUAUCACAAAAUCACUUUGAAAGAAAAAGAAGUUUAUAAAAGUUAUGAAAAUAUAUCUUGAAAUAGUAUAGAAUGGCAAACAGCGCUAAACAUUAGCCUGU